CACAUAAAGAAUACUAAAAAAAUUCGUUGAGAUAUUUUCAUACAUAUAAUUAAGGAUUGUAAAGUUAUAUAUUCAAAAGAACGGUAAAUAGUAAUAAUAAUAAUAAUAAUGAUAGUUUCUUUCUUAGCCUCCCAGCCAAAAAAAUGAUAAAGAACAGAGACGAUGAUAUAAUGUAAAUUACUAUUUAUUUAUCAAUAUAAAAAACAUUGCUGAGGUCAUGAAAGACUUAAGUGAGCUAUUUCUAAAAUUUGAUUAUAAAACGAUUCAGGCUGAUUAAGAAUUCUCUAAGUAUACAGCUAUGACUGAAAAUGCGGAGAACUCUAAGAAAACAUCAUUACAAAGAUCUGCGGAAAAAUUAACGGAGGAAAUUCAAAGUAUGGCCAAUUAUAAAAGUCUUUAUGCUGAAAUUCAGAAACUUGUUGCUUCUACUGCAGUAAAGAGAGAAGACUUUAAAAAUACAUUACUGGAGGCGUUAAAAAGUAAUGGUUUAGAAACAGAAAUUAGAAAUACUGUAUUUCAUUGGGUCAGAUCACAGGGUUCUUUAUCAACUGCAACAGAAAUAUCCAUGGAAGAAGUAGAUCUAACUUAUUUGAAAAAAGCUCAAAUUCAAUGGGAACGUAGAAUACAAAAGUCAUUAAAUUCAACCUGCAAUGAAUUAAAUGUGCCACUAGCACGCAUAAGACCGAACGCAGAUCGCGAAGAAUUUGCUGAAAAAUGGAAUGAAUUAAGCACUUAUGAUAUCGAUCUGUCACAAUAUAGACCUCUUUAUGCCCCAAAAGAUUUUUUAGAUGUACUGUUUUCUAUACGAAAUCCAGCUUUCAAAAAACAUUCGGACGAAUUGAAUUGGGAGUUCAGUCAUAUACAAAUUCGUGUAAAAACACUCACGCAAUUGAGACGCGUGUAUUUGGAGUUAGCAAAGGGUAUGUCAUUACUUGGUGUAAAUCCAGACAUGCCAAGUUCAGAAAAUUUUGGAAAUCUAGAAGAGGAGAGGAUUUUCAUCGGUGAGAAGGUAUUGAAAACGAAUCACGCUCCGAUAGCGCAACAAUUCUUAAAGCGUGGGGCUCCUCGAGCACUUCGUGGCAGUCUUUGGUCCCUUGUAUUAGGAUCCACAGUAAAACAAAAUGAUAUAGAAUAUUAUGAAGAAUUAAAAAAUAUGGUGUUACAGUACGAUAUCGUUAUAGAUAAAUUGAUAAUCAAGGAUGUGCAGUUAACAGCACGAAAUGACGAUCAGUAUUUUGUGUUCGAAGACGUUUUAUAUAAAACAAUGUUAUGUUUUUCUCGUGAUUCGGAAGUAUUAGCACCAGUUACAACUGACAGAAGUGCUGGAGGCCAAGUCAUACACGCUGUUUUACAAGGAAAGCCAGCCACUUUGGAAAACACCCUAGUCUUCCCACCAAGCGGUGUGAUUCCAUUUCAUGGAUUCACGAUGUAUGCUACGCCAUUUUGUUACCUAUACGAUGACCCGUGCGCAAUGUAUUAUACGUUUCGAGCUUUUUAUUUACGAUAUUGGUUUCGAUUGCACACCGUAUCUAGCCACGAACAAGGUAUUGUAGCACUGUGUUUGCUUUUUGAGAGGUUACUGCAGUGCCACGAACCAUUGCUUUGGAUUCACUUUAGAAACAUUCACAUACAACCGGUAAGAAUUGUUUUUAAGUGGAUCAUGAGAGGCUUCAGUGGUCAUUUACCGCCAGAACAGUUGCUUUGCCUCUGGGACUUAAUUUUAGCAUACGAUUCGUUAGAAAUUAUCCCUUUACUCGCGGUCACUAUUUUGAGCUUUCGAAAAGAAAAUUUAAUGCAAGUUAAUAAUCAACAAAGUGUUGAGGCUGUUUUGGCAGACUUGUCCUCUUUAAAGGUUGUUCCAUUAUUGCAAUUGGCUUUGUUAAGAGAAUAACAGUAAAUGA